UGAAAAUGUCAAUUUCAAUAGUUUUAGGACACCGAUUGCUGUGCUUCUGUGACACUCUGAGCACUCGGCUAGGAAUUCGAGAAUGGAGCAUUCUCACUUGAUUCCUAUUCGGAUCAUAAAUUUGUAAACAAACCACCAAGGGAAGUCAGAACGAAAUCUUGUUUCAAAUCAUAAAUACGUCUGACAAGCCAGAAGAGUUGGAAUUACAAAAUAACAACAAUGGAUGAAUUACUUACUCAAGCGGAGACGUGUGUUCAGCAUUGCUUGAAUAAUGAUUGGGAUCAAACUAAAAGCUGUUUACAAAAUAUAUUAGCAAACGAUAACGGACUGAAGACUGUUGUGCCUGGAACUUUUUUGCAAUUUCUGAAUGAAACCUUGAAGUGCUUGUGUGAGAAGAUUGGCCACAAUGAUGACAACCAAUCAAAGCAGGUUCAAGCCUGUGCUGCUGAAGGAUUUCGCUGUCUGCGUCAGGCCUGUGCAUUGAACACCGAGGUGCAAAACUGUAUUUCCUCAUGUUUGGACCUUUUAGAGAAUGUAAAGACAAUCACAGAGAAGAUUCUCACCAUAGAUGCUCAGAAAGACAGUGAAAAUGUCAUCAAGUGUGCCACACAGUUUCUGGGGAACGCCUGCGUCUCCAAUACACAGAACCAAAAAGUGAUAUGGGAUUUAUUCUUAAAUCAGUUUAGACUUUUCCUGCACCACGCUGACAGCAAGGUGUGCGACUACACCUGCAUGGUGGUGCACACCUGUCUGAAAACUGUUGCCAGAAGUGACCAGUGCCUGCUGACCAGCACCUCAGCCCAGGACAUUGUCCUGACGUGUAUAGAGGCCACAGCACAGAAGGAUGUGGAGUGGGGGUUGUAUGUCCUUGAGGACAUGCUGAAGAACGAUUUGUUCCUGCCGACCCUGUACAAAAAGAUGGGGCACAAGGAAAGACUCCUGCUGAUGGAGGUGAUGCUGGCAGAGAUGGUGGAGCUGCCCGACGACGCCAGCUGUGGUGACCUUGACCCUGGCCAGUUCGCCAUCUCCCAGGCGAACCUCCAGUUCAUCGCGGAUGACGUCAAGAGGGAGUGCAACCUCAUCCUGACCCUCAAGACCCCCGAGACCACAGACCAGGAGAUGGCUUUGGUCAUCGCUAAAGAGCUGGAGAUCCUCAGUAUGGCAGCCCAACAUGUGGUCAUGUACCCCGCGAUACAGCAGGACGCUGACCUCUUGACCUGCUCCAUCAAUCUACUGCGCAGCAUCAAUGACAUCGGCAAGUCUGGAGGGAACGUCUUCAGCAGGGAGGAGAAGGCAUCCGGUAUGGACAACAUAGAUCCACAUCAUCCGGUGUUUGGCUUGAAGAAAGACCUGAUCAGACUCAUUGCCAACAUGUCGUACAAACACCGAGCUAACCAAGAUCUGGUGCGGACACUGGAUGGCAUCCCCUUGCUGCUGGAUAUGACAAUGUUAGACUGUCACAACCCUUUCAUCACCCAGUGGGUGGUCCUGGCCAUCAGGAACUUGGUGGAGAACAACAGAGAAAACAGGGACAUCCUAUCUGGCAUGUCACUACAGGGCAUGGCUGGCCACAUCGCGGCACUCAGGGAGGCGGGGAUACACACGGAGCUACGAGGGGGGAAGGUCGUCGUCAAACCUGUUGUUGACUAGGUCCUGCUCAUCUCUUGAGGUCCUGCUCAACUGUCAAAUUAGGUCCUGCUCAACUCAUACUUGCCUGAAUACACCUACUUAAAUUACCUCUAAAAAAAUAU